AUUUGCUUUGUCUACACUCAAGCCAAACAGCGAAAACUCACGGUCUCUCUCAGUCUUCUUUGCUAUUAUUGUCUUUAUACAUUCCUUUCAAUUGGAUUGUUGUGCUACUACACUCCUUUGUAUCAUUGUUUGAUCUCAAUUGUCGUGUUUGCAUACAUAUUAAUCACGGCCAUUUGGCUAGCGGUCCUUUUUGUGUGAUUGGAAUACUGCACAACACUCCCUUCUGUUUACAGCUUAUUCUCUCGCGAAGUAUACGGCAUCGAGCCAUUUAUCCUAUAAUACACUCAUCUAUUCGCCAUAGCAGAUACAGCUACCAUCAACAAAAAGAAAUCGAAAGAGAAGAAGAUGGCACCCCACGGACUCCUCGGCGCAACCUUCGUCUGCGCACGCAUCAUCCAGCUCUGCUCACUCGUCGCUAUCAUCGGGCUAACAGCAAACUUCAUCGCCGAGAUCGUCUCCAACGGCGCCACGCCCCCAGCAAUCUUCAUUGGAACUAUCACAGUGACCAGCAUCGCAGUGAUAUACAGCUUCAUCACAACCAUCCUCUUCCUCGACAACAUCCUACACUUCCUAGUAUCAGCCAUACUCGACACUCUCCUCCUCAUCGCCGUGAUCGUGGUGUCAGUCAUCAUCGGAAAGCCGCUAUCCUAUCUGCAAUGCAACAAGCUAAGCAGCGACGGUUCAAGCGGAUCAUCGGCGUAUACGUUCGCGACGCAUCUGAGCAGUUAUUUGGAGGAUUUGAGUGGCGGGACAGUGAAUUACACAGCUUGGAUUGGGGCGAGUAAGUCAGUGUGUUUAGAGGCGAAGUCGAUUUGGGGGUUGUGCAUUGCUAUGUGUAUCAUGUUCUUCUUUUCAGGAGUUUGCGGGCUCGUGCUCUGGAGACAGAAGAAGGCGGCGGGUGUGGAGAAGUUGGAUGGGUAGAUGAUGCGCGAUAUGCUGAUUUUGAUGAUGCUGAAGACGACGAAGACGAUGGCGCUAAUAAUGCUGCUGACGGUGAUGAUAACACUGAUGCUUUCAAUCCCCCAA